GUAUAUAAGGACUCGAAUGGGAUCGAUGAGUUGACCUAAUAAGUUCUCUAUCUUUGUUGCGUAUCUGCGAUGGUCGAUGCCCUGGUGCUGCAGGACUGGGGGUUGAUUGACGAAUCGAAUAGUGCAGAGCUCAGAAAUGACCUACCUAUGGUUCGUGGAGGCAGGACAGAGUAUAGCCUUUUGAACUCAACCCUUGACGCUAUGCUGGACACGAAAGCAAUUGCAACAAAAAAUCAAGUACGUGUUCCUGGGUUGACCAAAUUGCUUGACAUGUACUUUCAGACCGUUGCGCAAGGGAAACAUGUACGAACACAAAGCUUUUGGAAGAGAAUGAUUUGGAAAGCGGGGGAUUGGCACGGCAGUCAGGAUGAAUUCAAGGAAAACUGUAAAGCAGUUUGGGAUCUCGCUCAUCACACGUCCUCUAUCGUCCAUAGAUAUGCGGACGAAUCGAAAGCAGGGAUUGCCCGAGUGUCCAUUCGACGACGCAGAUCCCUCGACGAACUAGUAGACCAAGCUGGACCCGACCUCGUUCAGCGACACAAUCAACAUGGUGACACUGCGACGACUCGGAGGUCUACACCUCCCAAUACUGGAGUAGUCGCACAAAGCUCGAGUAUAACCACUAAUACGCUCUCGGAGGAGACAAUACGAAAUAUCGCUGAAAUGAGAGCCCCAAAGACAGUGAAACAGCUCAUUUAUAGAAGACUGUCUGGUCGGAUAUCACAAAUUGUCAACCGCUUCCAUGCACGCAAUGUUGGCCCCAGCAGAGGGGCUGCACCCACGGUGAAUGUCGGAGGGAAGAAUAAUAGAGGAACAGCCAUAAAUACACAUCCCACAGAAGUCGAAUGGAAUGGUGCAGAUGAUUUCGAUGGCAUAAGCGACAAUGGGUCAUUAUGAGACUGCUACUGAAGCAUCAUGUGACACGAUCGGGCAUAGUGGCUCAGCUAUAUCUUUAGGAGCGCAGAGCAUGCAGUCCCUUGCGGGGACGUCCAGAUCACUAUCAGGCAUAUGGUAGUUAGAGUACAGAAUAGCCAACUCACUUGCCAUUGACCCACAUCCGUCCCCUCACGGAAGCAAAUAGGAACAGUCGACGACGACGACGAAGAUCCGCAUCAUCCGGCAUUGUGAGAAAUCUGUGCAUCAC